CGCACAUCAGAGUAACUACUCAACUACUAGUAAUCAUACUGUAGAUAUUACCAUUAUAGUCAGUUAGAAAGGUAAUCAUACAGUAGAUAUUACCAUUAGGAGUCAGUUAGAAAGGUAAUCAUACAGUAAGUUAAUACCGUAAGUAAAAGUAAGUUAGAAUCAUAGAUAUUACAAUUCCAGGUCAGUCAGACUGAAUUAGUUCAUUCAUUGAUUGAUUUGGGUAAUCAUUGAUAUCCGGUACGGUUGGUUAAGAUGGCCGACUACGUCAACAAACAGGUGAUUGAAUUAAACAAAGUUAAUGAAGAAAACCGGAACAGAGCAACGAGGAGCGUGAAGACUGAGACCCAUCUCUCAGAUGGAAGACUAAGACUCUACAGGAUGGCUGCUGUGUGUUUAGGAGUGCUGUGUGUUCUACAAGUCACUCUCAACAUCUCCCUGAGACUGGCUUUCUAUAACAGAGGCAAUGAGACUGAAGAGAGAGACCAGCUACAGACCAGUUACAACACCCUGACUGAAGAGAGAGACCAGCUACAGAAGGAGAGAGAUUAUCUCAUGACAAGGUUCUCUAAUCUGAAACAAACCUGUCCUGAAGGCUGGCAGCAGUUUAACUCCAGUUGGUACUUCCUGUCUACUGAGACUAAAACCUGGGAGGAGAGCAGAGAGGACUGUCUGGAGAGAGGAGCAGACCUGGUGAUCAUAAACAGUGAUAUGGAACAGCAGUUUCUCAUUGGCCUCAAUAAGGGAGCCUGGAUUGGUCUGACUGACUCUGUUUCUGAGGGGACCUGGAGAUGGGUGGACAGCACCCCACUGACCAUAAGUUACUGGCACUCACAGCAGCCUGAUAAUGGUCGUGAUGACCCAAAAAACGGGGAGGAGGACUGUGUUGAGCUGAACACAGAAACAUGGCCUCCUGCAAAGGCAUGGAAUGACCAGUCAUGUUUAGACAAUCGUCACUGGAUCUGUGAGAAAGUGGUUUAACAACAACAUGACAACAGAGGGGGCUGGUGGGAGUACGAGCACACAUACAGCACCCUACAGUGCACACAACUUCAUUCUCUCUCUAAGACACACCAACACACUGUAGGUACUGUACUGGGGGCAAAACAACCUGAUAAUGGUGGUGGACCAAGAUGUAACUAGGACUGUGCUGAUGUUAAUAUUGGGUAUUCUGAGCCUGUAUAUAAAUAUUCUGACAUAUCAUUUACCUCUGAAGAUUGGAUUUGUGAAGAGUUAUACAGUACAUUUACAUUUACAUUUAGGUCAUUUAGCAGACGCUCUUAUCCAGAGCGACUUACAAAUUGGAAAGUUCAUACAUAUUCAUCCUGGUCCCCCCGUGGGGAAUGAACCCACAACCCUGGCGUUGCAAGCGACAUGCUCUACCAACUGAGCCACAUGGGACAGUAUCUCAUUAUAUAGUAGUGCUACAGUGCUAACGCA